AUGUUGAACUCACAACAUAUAAUCGCUAUCAUAUUAAUCCAAGCUCUGUCUACCGAAUGUUCCCCGGUCCAACAAGUAUCUUCAACCAAUUCAACCAAAUCCAACCCCUCCGCAAGAUUCCCGGGACAUGAGGCUUCCUGGGUAUCGGGAUCGAUAAGAAGGGGCACUCUCGAUAUUUUAUUCCCAUGCAUCCUCACUCUCCUCUUAUGCGCCUGGACUGCAGUCCACUCAAAUAUCGAGCCUACGUUCUGGAACAUCAGCUACAGACGAUAUUUAGCUACGCGCAAGCUCGAUGAGUGCGAUCCUACUGAAGUUUCAACAACAGAGAAUAUCGCCACGCAAGUGCCAGCUCCAGCACCAACUAUCCCUCCAAAACCUCUGUCGCCAUGGGAUGCGCUCGUUGCAAAGUUACGCUAUGGCUUGAAUACUAAUAAAAUGGUGUGGAGUAUCAUCACACUCCUCUUUCCCGAGAUUUCCCUCCUCGUGGCAGCGCAUGAAAGGCGAACUGCACAAAUGCUCACCCACGCGAUGCAGGGCGCUGUCGUACUAGGGAAAUAUACAAGGGAGUGGGACUUGACCCUAUCGUACUACGCAUUAAUGGGGGGGUUUGUGGUUUUGGAAAAGCUACCUGGAAAAGGAGAACAGAAGAUCGAUGAGAGGGGCGAGGGGGGCGCAUCUAACAUUAUUCCUGUCGAUCCCAACCUCGAGACAAUCAGAGAAAGAGUGACACUCACGCCGCGGGGGGUACUACACGUAGCUCAGUUAGGGUACCUCAAAUACCCUCCAUCCCAGGGUGUCAAGGAUAAAAGCAAAGUUAAUCGACUUGCAAAGUUCCUGGUGGUGGUGCAGGCAGUCUGGAUGAUAGCUCAGGUGUUGAGUCGGUACAUAACCAGAUUACCGGUUUCAUUACUAGAGCUCUAUACAAUAUUGCAUACAAUGUGUGCGGUGGUGAUGUACGUGGUUUGGAUUGAUAAGCCAGUCGAUAUCACUCAACCAACAUUUGUUGAUGUUCCCUCGGACGUCAUGAAAAUGCUGUCAAAGAAGCUCCUACCGAACGAUCAAUUCUCAAAAUAUCCCGGGAUCAACAAGUACGAAAACGAAACAGAGGUAUUUUGGCACGGGGAAGGCACCGCAUGUCUCACAAGUCGAGCCGGGUUGGGAAAGGUUCUCUUCCGGCAGUUAUGGAAUGUGUCCAUGAUUAAGAGACAGGGGAUAAUGGGGAAAAUUCUCUUUGUUUUUGAGGUUUAUCAGGCUGUGCUAAACGGAUGGAAGAACUUUUGGAGGGAAGCGUUAGGGCUUUCAGUUGUCAGUGUCGUCCACGGAUGCCUUCACCUAGUUGCAUGGAGUUACCAGUUCCCGAGCGAGGUGGAGCGUCGGCUGUGGAAGAUAUCAUCUCUUCUCACAGCUGGGUCUGUUGUGAUCUUUUGCUUUCCCAUGUUGGUUGGUAUGCUUGCUCAAUACUUUUGGAAUGACCUAAAGGGUAAGGAGUCAAUAUCCACACAUGAAAUCGACAACGACAGUUCGGCAAUGCCGGACAUUGAAAAAUUGGCAUUGGAAACACUCAAAAGCGAUUCCAACAGUCUUUCAGAUCCACAAUUCAGUCCCGGAAUCAAGCGUCCAGUCCUGAGGGCACGGCAAUUAUCGACUAGCCGAAUUUAUACUGGGGCAGCUAUAAGAUUCAUCUACGGAUACUGCCUCUGUUUUCUUUUGGGGAUUCUCCCUUGCGUUCUGGCGAGGCUGUAUUUGCUAUUUGAAUCGUUUGUGUCAAUGAGGCGGCUUCCAUACGGCGCGUACGAUAAAAUAAUGUGGACUGAUUUCCUACCUCACGUCGGAUAA